CAUGAGCACACGUGGGUCAAGAAGUUUACCUCUGUGAUGUGUCGGAGUUGGUUUUCUUAACAUGUCUAAAAGAACCAGAGCCGAGACACAGGAGCUCGUGGCUCCCGCUGCGGUACCGGAGGACGAGCUGGACCCUCCAGCGGAGACCAGGCGGACCCGCAGCGGCCGCAGGAUCCGGACUCCUGCCGCACUGCUCGGUUCUGAGAUCUCCGUGAGGACCCCCAGCAGGAGGACCAGGCGGUCCGUGGUGCAGGAGCAGCCUGAGCCAGAGGAGAAGGAGACCGGGGAGCAGGAGCCCGAGAAGCUGCCCGAAGAGACCCCCGAAGAGACCCCCGCAGAGACCCCCACACAGACCCCCGCAGAUCCGGAGCCGAGCGCCGACCCAGAGCUCGCAGCGCAGCCGCAGAUCGACGCUGCCCCGGCAGACACGGACGAGACUCCCGUCAGCGGCGGUGGAGACGGUGCUCAGCCCAGACCCGAUCCCGAUCCCGUAGAAACCGCACCCGCGAGUUCAGAGAGCGUCCCAAUGAAGAAGCCCUGCCCGGCUCCGACUGUCAAACAGACCCCGGCCGUUCCCCUGGGAAAGCCCAAGUCCGGGCGCGUGUGGAAGGACCGCAGCAAGCAGAGGUUCUCUGCCCUGGUGAGAGACAAACCACUGUGCACCUCUUGGGAGAAAAAGAUGCAGGCCAAGCGGGAGAAGGACCUGGUGAAACAGUACGCGCUGCAGCUUAAAGAGGAGAAAGCCAAACAGAAAGAGGACAAGAGGAAAAGAAGAGAAGACAACUUGAAACGUCGUGAAGAAAAUGAACGCAAGUCGGAGAUUGUGCAAGUGAUUCGCAACACAGCGAAGAUCAAGAGGAUGAAGAAGAAACAGCUGAGGAAAAUCGAGAAGAGAGACACGCUGGCUCUGCUGCAGAAGUCACAGAACCAGAACGUCAAAACCAAAGCACGAACAAAUAACAAGCGAGAUUCAACAUGAAGACAACCACACACACAUUCACGCCACACCUGUGCCUGUUUCUUGGACUGUGGUAGUUAAACAGAGGGACUACCAAAACCCUGCACACGCACACAGAAAAACACGCAAACUCCACAGAGAUUCCCAGACUGGAUUUUCUCCUUUUGAGACAAGUGAACUAACCGCGCCCCCAUGUGUCUCCACUGACCCAAUCAAUAAAAACAACAAUUUGAGGGUCUUUUUGGUCCUUUUUGUCAUUUUUUUAAUGUGUAUUUCUUAAUGCUUUAAAAUACUAAUCAAAUGGCACAUUUAUUUCACUAAAGAUGCAUUUGCAAUAAAUUUCCAAAAUGCCUGAAGGCUUUAAACCCUAAAAAAAGUAUUUCAUUUGUUAAAAAGAAAUACAUAGAGUACAUUUUUCAAUGACUCAGGCUCUCUGUAUAUUUCAUCAUUGUGUGCCCCUUGUCAAAUUCUUAUUUUGUUGCUCUGGGUUCCUUUGUGACCUCCUGGGUGAUUCGUCUCUGCUCUCAGGGUAAUUUUGGUCGACUGAUCACUCUUGGAAGAAGGUUCCAGGUUUUCUCCCUUUGUGGAUGAUGGCUCUCACAGAUGUUCACUGGAAUCCCAAAGCUUUAUAAAUGGCUUUGUAACCCUUUACAGACUGAAUUAUUUUUCAUCUGUUGUGGAAUUUCUAUGGAUUGCAUCGUUUUGUUGUAACAAUUUGAGAUCUUUUGGCCGACUUCGUUUUGUCAGACCGAUUCUAUUUAGAUGAUUUCUUGAUUUACAGCUCUGGAGGUAAUCAGGCUUGGGCGUGGUCAGUGAAACUGAACUCAGCUUUCCAAUAUAAAGUGAUUAGACUAGCUAAUUCAAGAUUUAACAAAGGGGAAAUUAGUUUUUCACAUAGGGCCAGGCAGGUUUGGAUCGCUUUUUUCCAAUAAACAAAUCAUUUAAAAACCGCAUUUUGUGUUCACUUUGGUUAUAUCUUUGUCCAACAUUUAAACUUGUUGAAUCACAGACCUGUGAGCAGGUUUGCAUAUGAAGGGUGCAUUCAGGAUCCUUACUGUGUUAUAUUCAAUAAAUGGAUUUCACUUAUAUGACAUUUUUUCUACACCAAUGGAGGCAGCUUCCAUUCAAGGUGCUCAGUCUAUCUACUGGGAGCAGUUUGGGGUUCAGCGUUUUACUCAAAUACACUUCGACAUUUGGGCAAGGAAU